CGCGGCUCUGACAUCCACAUGCUGCUCGGCCUGAAAAGGCAGGCGGGGGGAUCCGGAGAGAAGGCAGAGAACGCGAGCGAGGCACCAGCCCGCAGCCCGCCCCCAGCCCAUCCUCAGACGCGCAGACACUCGGCGAGGCGCUGGGCGAGGUGGAGGUGAGGGCGGGCGCGAGCGAACUCGGAAAGGGGCUCGCUCACUCCGAGGCGAUCCCAGCCGCCGCCACCGCCGCCGCAGCGGCUUCCUUCCUCAGCCUCCCCUCGUGAGGCUGGCCAAGCGGGUGUAGCAGCUGGGGGAGGCUGCCGCUAGGGAAACCCGGCGAGGGCAAGAGCUGCCGGGCAGCCGCCUCCCACUCGGGCCGGCCGUCGGUCCGUGCCUCCGCCCGCGUGUCAGUCCUGGGUGCCGGGAGAUGUGUGUCACUUUACGCCUUUGAGAUCACACAGCUGCCUGGGGGCCGUGUGAUGCCCUAGGCAAGUCUGGGCUUUUAUUUUUAUUAUUCUUAUUUUUUACGCUUGGCUUUCGGGAAAUAUUCCUGAUGUUGUAGGAUAAAGGAAAAGACACUUUGAGGAACUGGAGAGAACAUAGAUGCGUUUUGUUUUUAAGAGAGAAAACCCGUCCGCUCUUCCCGGCUUGCUCCCUCUUUGCUGAUUUCAGGAGCUACCCUCCUCCUGGUGAGGUGGGGAUUCCAGGGAGAAUAAAGGUGAAGACGGGCCGCCGAGAACCAGGAGGGAAACACUGACCAUUAGGAAACCUUUACAGAAGACAUUGUAAGGAAGGAAACAAGAGAAAGAGAAAAACACAAAGACUUACAAAUACACAAGAAAGCUACACAUUCAGCUCUGGAGAAAGCCUCCUUCUCCAAAAUGGAUAUGUCUCCUCUCACCUGGAUUUUCUUAGCUCUCUACUUUUCAGGACACCAAGUGAGAGGCCAACCAGACCCAUCCUGUGGAGGUCGUUUGAAUUCCAAAGAUGCUGGCUACAUCACCUCCCCAGGCUACCCCCAGGAUUAUCCUUCCCACCAGAACUGCGAGUGGAUUGUUUACGCCCCCGAACCCAACCAGAAGAUUGUCCUCAACUUCAACCCUCACUUCGAAAUUGAGAAGCACGACUGCAAGUAUGACUUCAUUGAGAUUCGGGAUGGGGACAGUGAAGCCGCAGACCUCCUGGGAAAGCACUGUGGGAACAUCGCCCCACCCACCAUCAUCUCCUCUGGCUCCGUGCUCUACAUCAAGUUCACCUCCGACUAUGCCCGGCAAGGGGCAGGCUUCUCCCUGCGCUAUGAGAUCUUCAAGACAGGCUCUGAAGACUGUUCGAAAAACUUCACAAGUCCCAACGGGACCAUUGAAUCCCCUGGGUUUCCCGAGAAGUACCCCCACAACUUGGACUGCACCUUUACCAUCCUGGCCAAACCCAAGAUGGAGAUCAUCCUGCAGUUUCUGACCUUUGACCUGGAGCAUGACCCUUUGCAGGUGGGAGAGGGAGACUGCAAAUAUGAUUGGCUUGACAUCUGGGAUGGCAUUCCACAUGUUGGCCCCCUAAUUGGCAAAUACUGUGGGACCAAAACACCCUCCGAACUCCGUUCCUCGACGGGGAUCCUUUCCCUGACCUUUCACACAGACAUGGCGGUGGCCAAAGACGGUUUCUCUGCACGUUACUACCUGGUUCAUCAAGAGCCGCUGGAGAACUUUCAGUGCAAUGUUCCUCUGGGGAUGGAGUCUGGCCGGAUUGCUAAUGAACAGAUCAGUGCCUCAUCUACCUACUCGGAUGGGAGGUGGACCCCACAGCAAAGCCGGCUGCAUGGUGAUGACAAUGGCUGGACCCCCAAUUUGGAUUCCAACAAGGAGUAUCUCCAGGUGGACCUACGCUUUCUAACCAUGCUUACAGCCAUUGCAACACAGGGUGCAAUUUCCAGGGAAACCCAGAAUGGCUACUAUGUCAAAUCCUACAAGCUGGAGGUCAGCACCAAUGGCGAAGACUGGAUGAUGUACCGGCAUGGCAAAAACCACAAGGUAUUUCAAGCCAACAACGAUGCUACCGAGGUGGUUCUGAACAAGCUCCACACGCCGCUGCUGACGAGGUUCGUCAGGAUCCGCCCCCAGACCUGGCACUCGGGCAUUGCCCUCCGGCUGGAGCUCUUCGGCUGCCGCGUCACAGACGCCCCCUGCUCCAACAUGCUGGGCAUGCUCUCGGGCCUCAUAGCGGACUCCCAGAUCUCCGCCUCCUCCACCCGCGAGUACCUCUGGAGCCCCAGUGCCGCCCGCCUGGUCAGCAGCCGCUCGGGCUGGUUCCCUCGGAUCCCUCAGGCCCAGCCAGGCGAGGAGUGGCUACAGGUGGACCUGGGGGUCCCCAAGACAGUGAAAGGCGUCAUCAUCCAGGGGGCCCGCGGAGGAGACAGCAUCACUGCGGUGGAAGCCAGAGCGUUUGUGCGCAAGUUCAAAGUCUCCUACAGCCUAAAUGGCAAGGACUGGGAGUACAUACAGGACCCCAGGACCCAGCAGCCAAAGCUGUUUGAAGGGAACAUGCACUACGACACCCCCGACCUACGACGGUUUGAGCCGGUUCCUGCGCAAUUUGUGAGGGUGUACCCGGAGAGGUGGUCGCCGGCGGGGAUCGGGCUGCGGCUGGAGGUGCUGGGCUGUGACUGGACAGACUCAAAGCCCACAGUGGAGACGCUGGGACCCACCGUGAAGAGCGAAGAGACCACCACGCCGUAUCCCAUUGACGAGGACGAAACAGACUGUGGGGAGAACUGCAGCUUUGAGGAUGACAAAGAUUUGCAGCUCCCUUCAGGAUUCAAUUGCAACUUUGAUUUCCCCGAGGAGCCCUGUGGUUGGAUGUACGACCACGCCAAGUGGCUCAGGAGCACCUGGACCAGCAGCUCCAGCCCGAGUGACCAGACAUUUCCAGAUGACAGGAAUUUCUUGCGGCUGCAGAGCGAUGACCGGAGAGAGGGCCAGUAUGCGCGGCUCAUCAGCCCACCUGUCCACCUGCCCCGCAGCCCCGUGUGCAUGGAGUUCCAGUACCAGGCCACGGGCGGCCGCGGGGUGGCGCUGCAGGUGGUGCAGGAAGCCAGCCAGGAGAGCAAGCUCCUGUGGGUCAUCCGCGAGGACCAGGGCAGCGAGUGGAAACACGGGCGCAUCAUCUUGCCCAGCUACGACAUGGAGUAUCAGAUCGUGUUUGAGGGAGUGAUAGGGAAAGGACGUUCAGGAGAAAUUGCCAUUGAUGAUAUUCGGAUAAGCACUGAUGUCCCACUGGAGAACUGCAUGGAACCCAUCUCAGCUUUUGCAGUGGACAUCCCUGAAAUUCAUGGGAGAGAGAGCUAUGAAGAUGAAAUUGAUGAUGAAUACGAGGUGGACUGGAGCAACUCAUCUUCCCCAACCUCAGGGUCUGGUGUCUCCUCUGCCGACAAAGAAAAGAGUUGGCUCUACACCCUAGAUCCCAUCCUCAUCACCAUCAUUGCCAUGAGCUCGCUUGGCGUCCUCCUGGGGGCCACGUGUGCGGGGCUCCUGCUCUACUGCACAUGCUCCUACUCGGGCCUGAGCUCCCGCAGCUGCACGACGCUGGAGAACUACAACUUCGAGCUCUACGACGGCCUCAAGCACAAGGUCAAGAUGAACCACCAGAAGUGCUGCUCAGAGGCAUGACGGAUUGCACCCGAAUCACAUCUGACGUUUCAUUCCAGCAAGAAGGGCUGGUGAAGAUUACGUUUUUUUUUUUUUUUCCCUUUGGGAACUGAAUGCCAUAAUCUCGAUCAAACUGAUCCAGAAUACAGAAGAUGUGGACAAGACAGACAGGAGAGGGAGGACAGGAGACGCAGCUCACACAGGGGAUUAUCCCUCCCCACCAAGGACCGUGGUGGCUGAGUCACUGCAGAAACAAAGCCGUGUUCUCUGCUGGGACAAAGACAGGAGCUCAUCUCUUUGGGGUCACAGUUCUAUUUUGUUUGUGAGUUUCUUAUUAUUUUUAUUUCUUUGGUCUGUGAACAACUCAAAGAGGCAGAAGAGGGGAAUGACCUUUCUAGUGGUAGAACCAGAGCACUGAUCACUGUUCUCUGCUUUCUCUUUCUAAUCAACACUUGAAAAGUGAAGGGUCUUCUCAGCCUUUCCCUCUUUAGAAAUAAAACCACAAAAAAGCCGUCCAGCUUAUCCCGUUCUCUGAUCGUCUUGUGACUUAAGGGAUUUGCUUGGUGUAGGUUCUGCCAGCCAACCCUACAAGCUGCCAUUUCUAGUCCUAGCAUUUAAGUAGGAUGUUGUUGCCUUUAACUUUUUUUAUCCAGGGGAAAAUUACCAUUUUAGGGCCAGCAUAAACAGCUCUUUCUUAUAUGCGAUUCAAAACAAACCAGAAAGGAAACUUCACACAUCAGAAUCCACAGAAGCACCUCCACGAUAGAAGCGGACGAGCCUUAAAGUGCUUGGUGACUAGGAGCCAUUCAUUACACCUACACCGUGUGGCCACGGGGCUUUCCUUGUGGGGCCUCUGGUGGUUGUUUUGCCUUUUCUUUUCCCUUCCCCUUGUUUUUCUAACACACACACCCACACACACCACAUUUGUCAAGUCUCUAAGCCCCAGGAAGUAACAUUGUCUGAUAUUCUCAGAAGUGGGAUGGGAAAAACACAGGCAAUUGGUAUGUUUUCUCCAUCAGUGAGAUGUAACCAGUGACCACUGGAUGGGAUGGAGAACAGUGGACAGGGAAAGAGAAGUCCAAAAUCUGUGAAAAUGCGAUGGCAAGUCUGAGCAGACUGCAGGGAGAGACAUUUUGAGGAAUUAGUCUCUCCGGAUAGGCUAGCAAACACUGAUUUCUCCUUUAGGUUACAGCUACCGCCUUAGCCUUUCAGGAGAGUCAGAGCUAAGAUAUACACAAGCUGAUCCCACCCAGAAGUCUGCAAGCCUUGUGGACCAAAAUGCUAACAAUACUGCUUCAAUCCCAGAGAGACUUAGGUUUUUACACACAAACACACUUCAAUUUAUGUUUUUCAUUAAGUGCCUUGAAAAUUGAAGAAAAAUGUAUUUUUCCCUCUGUGUAGAAAUCAGUGAAUUUCACACAAGCUGAGGCAUUCCUCCUUCCCCACCCCAUUGGCUCCACUCCCAGUCCCCCCAACUCUCCGCUGAGCUCACUAAUGGAAUGAGCCCUGCUACCCACCUGUAGCCAUAGCCCUAGAUGACUCUCAACUGCUCCACAAAGGGAGGCAUCAGGAAUAGAAUGAAACUGUGUGAAGGGUAAGAUUGUCCGCAUCAAGAUCCAAAUCUUGAUUCGUAUUAACGCAUAAAGAUUGCCUGUGUGCUGGAAACACAUUUGAAACCCAAACACUAUGCCAGGCCUAUUACAUAUCAGUGGUAAACUGUCAGACCAUUUUUGCUGCUAUGGUCACCUACAGUGUCAUUUGUCUCAUACUCCAGGUGAAAGGGGAAGAGUGAAUGGGACUGGCUGGUUCCUUUAAAUGUUAACUUAUGGAAAUUAUAGUUCAAAUGGUAAUGUCACAGUGUUUUGUAUGCAGAGAGGGAGAGUUCAUACCAACAGCUAUUUAUUCAUAUGUAUGUGUGUCUUUGCCGCGCCUUUGAGUUCUCUGUAUCUACUGUGUAUGUGAAUGGUCACGUGGGACUCAGUGGUGGUGUUGUGACUUUGACCUGAGGCCAGAGUGUACUGCUGAUCUCGGCACUCAUUGGCACAGUGAUAGUUAAAGGUGAAAAGGAAAGCUGUCAAGCCCGAGGGCUUAGCUUUAGGCCCCUUUGAGCAGGGCACGCAGAAGAAGCAAGAUUUUAAUUAGCCCACCCUCCUCUUCACCCUCCAUUGCAGCUUAGUGUUCAGAAAGUUGGCAAGUCCUAGGGAUUUCCAGGAGUAUCCUGCAGAAGAAGACAAGUCAGAAAACCUACUCCAGGUGUCCUGCCCCUCUUAUGCCCAGCGGGCCAUUUCCCAGUACCCCAAAGACCAAUCCUGUCUCGGGCCUGCAGUUUACCUCUAAGUUACAUACAACUCAACCUGCAUUCCCCUAAAAGUCCCAUAUCCGUAUUCACCAUUGGCAGAGUCGAGGCCCUGAGUGGGGUCUGAGAGCUGAAUGGAAGCAGGCUACACAGGGCUACCUGUAGAUACCUCACCAAGGCUGAGGCUGGUCUGUUGUAAGACAGAAAGCCAAACAGCUGUACCCGAUCAUAACUUGUGCACCUGUUAUCUUUAUCUGCAGGUAGGCUAGCAUCAUGACUCGUCUCCUUGAGAAGUUCCCUGUGGGAAACCCAACUCACAGUAUUGAUCUCCUUUUUGCCUUGUACUGACUGACACAUUACCUCCAGGCUCUCCCAGACUAGGCGGUCGCCAGGACCACGGGGCUGCUUUCUCUCUUUGGUGGGGAUGGGGAGUUGACAGGGACCAGGGGCAAAGGGAUGAGCACGUGUGACAAGAAAACAAGGGAAAAAGUUAAACUCUUACACAGAAGGUUAAAACUCUUCCAGGGUUGGCAGUUAAAGGUAUUCAACCAUUCGCUGGCUGAGCCAGAUCGCGGGAACUUGAGAGCUUUUACUGUGAUUCUUCAAUGUAAAAAAUAAACAACAAUGUCAAACUGUGUUUAUAUGAUUUGUAUAAAGCCUUUUUAAGAUCACUAUUUAAAUAAACAUUAUUAUACC